CUCAGUAAGGAACAAUACACGGGGACGCUCCAGAUGAGAUCACAUUCUAUGAGUCCAACUUACAGAGAAGAUGGACAAAAUAUUACACCAAAGAUUUGCGAAGUUCGUUUGACAGCACCUCCUGUUUCCUUGGAUGACAGUGAUAUUGAAGCUCGCCUUAAUAGUUGGAAUCUUGGGAUAGAAAAUCCUCGGUACCUGAGGCAGAAGACUAUUCCAGUUUCUCUGAUGACUCCCAAAUUCAGCCUGAGAAAAUCCAGCAGUCUCCAUGAUGAUCAUUUCCUAUCUCGAAUGUAUGAGAAAGAGUUGGACAUGAAAACAAAAAUGAUGGAAGCUAAAUUUCAUGAAGAAAAGCUUAAACUGCAGCAGAAACAUGAUGCUGAUGUUCAAAAGAUUUUAGAAAGAAAGAAUAAUGAAAUAGAGGAACUGAAAAUGUUAUACAAAAAGAAACAAAAUGAAGCUGAAGAGACUAUUAGAAAGCUUGAAAAGAAAGUUCAGACCCUUGUACGUGACUGUCAAAUUAUCAGAGAAACUAAAGAAAACCAGAUUGCAGAACUGAAAAAGAUAUGUGAACAAAGUACAGAAUCUCUAAAUAAUGACUGGGAAAAAAAGCUCCAUAAUGCUGUAGCAGAAAUGGAAAAGGAAAAGUUUGAUCUUCAAAAGCAACACACUGAAAACAUUCAAGAAUUGCUGGAGGAUACAAAUGUACGUCUGAAUAAAAUGGAGGGUGAAUACAUGGCACAAACACAGUCUACA